GCGGAAGUGUGGGAGGGUUUGUGGGGCGGGCUCAGGGAGGAUGGAGCAUUGAGGCAGUCUGGGCGGCUGCCGGCAGCGCCAUGGAGACCGUGCAGUUGAGGAACCCACCGCGCAGGCAGCUGAAGAAGUUGGAUGAAGAUAGUUUAACUAAACAGCCAGAAGAAGUGUUUGAUGUCUUAGAGAAGCUAGGAGAAGGGUCUUAUGGCAGUGUGUACAAGGCUAUCCAUAAAGAGACUGGCCAGAUCGUUGCUAUCAAGCAAGUGCCGGUGGAAUCAGACCUGCAGGAGAUAAUCAAAGAAAUCUCCAUAAUGCAGCAGUGUGACAGCCCUCAUGUAGUCAAAUAUUAUGGCAGCUACUUUAAGAACACAGACCUGUGGAUUGUUAUGGAGUUCUGUGGGGCUGGCUCAGUAUCUGAUAUCAUUCGGCUACGGAACAAGACGUUAACAGAAGAUGAAAUAGCUACAAUAUUGCAGUCAACUCUUAAGGGACUAGAAUACCUUCAUUUUAUGAGAAAAAUACACCGAGAUAUCAAGGCGGGGAAUAUUUUGUUAAACACAGAAGGCCAUGCAAAGCUUGCAGACUUCGGAGUUGCUGGUCAGCUUACAGAUACCAUGGCAAAGAGGAACACGGUGAUAGGAACACCGUUCUGGAUGGCUCCUGAAGUUAUUCAGGAGAUUGGGUACAACUGCGUGGCAGACAUCUGGUCUCUGGGAAUAACGGCCAUCGAAAUGGCUGAAGGGAAGCCGCCCUACGCGGAUAUCCACCCCAUGAGGGCAAUAUUCAUGAUUCCUACAAACCCUCCUCCCACAUUCCGUAAGCCAGAGUUGUGGUCGGAUAACUUCAUGGAUUUUGUGAAGCAGUGUCUGGUAAAAAGCCCGGAGCAGAGAGCCACGGCCACUCAGCUCCUACAGCACCCAUUUGUUAAGAGUGCCAAAGGAGUGUCAAUACUGCGAGACUUAAUUAACGAAGCCAUGGAUGUGAAACUGAAGCGCCAGGAAGCCCAGCAUCGGGAAGUAGACCAGGGUGAUGACGAGAACUCAGAGGAGGAUGAAAUGGAUUCUGGCACGAUGGUUCGAGCCGCCAGUGAUGAGAUGGGCACUGUCCGAGUAGCCAGCACGAUGAGCGGUGGAGCCGAUACCAUGAUCGAGCACGGUGACACGUUGCCGUCCCAGCUGGGCACCAUGGUGAUCAACGCAGAGGACGAGGAAGAGGAAGGAACCAUGAAAAGAAGAGAUGAGACCAUGCAGCCUGCAAAACCGUCUUUCCUUGAAUACUUUGAACAAAAAGAAAAGGAAAAUCAGAUCAACAGCUUUGGCAAAAAUGUAUCUGGUUCUCUGAAGAAUUCUUCAGAUUGGAAAAUACCUCAGGAUGGAGACUAUGAGUUUCUUAAGAGCUGGACUGUGGAGGACCUUCAGAAGAGGCUGUUGGCCCUUGACCCCAUGAUGGAACAGGAAAUGGAAGAGAUCCGGCAGAAAUACCGGUCCAAGCGGCAGCCAAUCCUGGAUGCCAUUGAAGCCAAGAAGAGGAGGCAACAGAACUUCUGAUAACACCAGCCCAGCCUUUGGUGGCUUAUGGGUUGCUAGACUCACGUCUUUUAGCCAGCACUUCUGCUCUGUCAUUUCUCCACAGCACCUUUGUGAACUCAGGAAUGUGCUCCGGGGACAGGCCACUUGACAGCCAUGGUGCCAUUUGCUGUGUGCAUUUACACCACAGGGUGUAUCUUGAAGGGUUUGUAUUGGUGCUUCUAACUCAGAAUUUUAGACCCCAUGAGCAGAGACUCCUAGUUCAGUGAUAGCUGGGAAAUUUUUUACAUUGUUUCUUUUUGUUUUCCUCCUAGUAAUAGCUUUUGGUUGCUUGCCCUGGAAGACUUUUUAAAAAAUCUAUAAAUAUGCAUAUAUUAUAUAUAUAUAUAUAUAUAUAAAUUAUAAAUAGAUUCCCCACUCCGUGUGGUGGUGUCUCUGUACAGGUACAGUUUCAAACACUUUGCCUCUUUCCUGUGAGAUUAUGGUACUGUGCAGCAAGAGAGCAGAAGACACUGGGAGCCUCUCAGGUGGUCACUGAACCCCAGCCGUCAGCCUCACCUGUUGCAGGGCUGCAUGGAAAAGUUAGUCUUGGCAUGGUUGUGCCACUACAGUGACGAGCCUCGCGUGGUCACCACUGGCCUUGGAAGCUGUCGGUGAUGCCAGGAAAAAACCUGGAGAACUUGAGUUUGCUCUUUUCCCAGGAGAAGCCUGGCGCCCUCUUUGUAAAGUAGCCUUUGCUGUCUCGAUGCCUUUCAUCUAUGUCCACCCUCCCAGCUGCCUAAAGUCACAUCCCAGAUACUGCCUAGUGCCUUAAGAGGAGUCACAUCUGUGAAAGGACAGGCUACUAAGAACUUUCCAGCAAACCGGCCCUAUCCAGUCCAGAAAAAUCUCACUGUUUAUGGGAAAUCACACAAUUCUGCUCGUCAUUCUUAGAUACAGGGUAAAGGGCAUUGCUUCCAUGUCCACAUCCAAAUACGUGAUUGUUUAUUCUUUUCACUCACUGUAGAGGCUCUGGCAAGGGUAAAUUAAUGCCUGACUGAGGCUCCCAGAGGCUUAGUUGGACUCAGAAUGGCAGGGCUGUCACAGUCUGACCAUGUAUUGUCCAGGUGGGAAAAUGAGGCUCAGAGGAGAGGUGACAUUCCCAAUGCCACAAAUCCGGGUAGACUAGAAGCAGGGAUUGGAAUUCAGAGCCUUUGUCCUGGACCACUGGACCAAGAGCCUCUUCACUGAGAGAAUGAAGCUACCAGUGUACAUCAGGUUAGCCCAGGAGCCCCUGCUCUUCCCUUGCCUCUUUGGUACCCGAGGUGCCAUGGAAAGACUCUCCAGAGGAGCCAUGUCAUGCAGUCUCAGCAUACUAGUGGGUUCCUUACAGUGUCGCCCAGAUACAGACAGGAACUCACAGAGGGCCUGCGGUGAGGUAGAGAGGGCUUGGCAAAAGACAGUUAGAGUCAUCCCCACACCUUUGGCUCAAAACUGAAGGAACAGGGAAGCCAGUUGCCCUAUUAUUUCUUCUCAUCUCACCCCUCCGAUGGGAGCCCGGAUGGGGUUGCACCUGAGUAUACUGAAAUUUGACUCCGUAAUUGCUUUUGCUCCCUAACCUGAGAAUCGAUAAAAAAGGCAGAGGAUGCUCUCUUCUGUGACCAGAUUCUGUUCUUUGCAGUUAAAGCAAGCUUUAAAAAAUGCAAGAGGCAACUGCUCUGCAGGACUUGGCCAGCAAAGUAACUAUGUGACAGAGAGAAUUAGAGGACAGUCCGGGCUCUUGCUACAAUGACAAAUGGCUGCUAGCAUUUCCUGGGUGGCACAUGUCAGGCACUGAGCUAGGUGUGCUACAGGUUUCAUCGUAAUCCCCUGGGCUUAUUAAGUUAUUUCAUAUAUGAUGAAAUUGAGUUUGGAAGAUUCCUUCCCACGACACUGGAUCUGGAUGCAUGACAUCACCCUACAGGGCUAGUAGUCACAGAAACAGGAAAGUCCUCAAUGCUUAGAAUGAAGUGACCAUGGCUUCUCACGGAGACUUAAGUCUAAGUGACAUUUUUCUUUUUAAAGUUAGAAACCAGGUGAAUUAAUAGUCAAGUCCCAAGUCAAGAAAGUUUUUAAAAACCUAGAACACAGAGCAUGUAUUUGCUGUGCUACUUAAUAGCCCAGCCUCGAGCUCUUUCCUCUUGAAGGAAAAUGCUUUGGGCUUUGCCAGACAGAAGGAAAAAGCCCAUGGCCCCUUCUGAAGAAAGAUGGGAGUAUAGGAAAAUAGUUUUUCCUGUGACUCUUCUGCAGCUGUGAACCUAGAUCUGAAGUCUAUUUGGUUGCAAACACGUCUGCGCCACACAGCUUGGUCCACAGUCAGGCGCUGGGCAGUCCACUCAGCAGCUGUUUGCCAGAAGCCAGUUGUCUUAGAUUCCUGGCGAGGCGUAUGUGCUCAGUGACAGGCAGGGGAGCACACCAUCCUUCCCUGAGGACCAGAUCCAAGGACUCCUGUCUCAGUUCUCUGGGGCUUGAGCAUGUGUGACUCAGGCUUGCAGUAGACUCUGGCCGGGCUCUCUGCUGCCGAGAGGCCGAGGCCUACACCUACAUUUUCUUUUCAACAAUCAUACAAAACCUCAUACUCUUUAAAAAUAUUGUAGUUCUGCUCCCAUUCAAAAAUUUGAAGCACAUUUUCAUUCUUAUUUCCUUUAUAUAUUAUUUUAUUUUAUAUAAGAUUUUUAUAUAAGAUUUUAUAUUCCCUAGUAGAUUUGACAAGAAUUGGGCUGGGAGUGAGAAAGGUGGUUGGGUGUGUGGAUAAACAGGAGCCUCCGGAGGCGAGUCUGGAGCCCCUUACACUGUAUAGAGUAGCACCUGACAAUGCCAGAAACUUAUUUUACCAUUUAAAACUCUGUCAGGAAUGAGAGAGAUGACAUCAGUGUAGACCCUGCAGAUACUCAGAGACUAAUAGCAGAAUAUUAUGAACAGCUUCAUGCUAAUAAAUUCACCAGCUUAAGUGAAAUGGACAGAUACUCAGAAAAUUACAAAGGAACCAGGCUUACUCAGAGAUGCAAUGGGCAAUCGCAACCGCCCCCAGCCCCUUUUCUACCAGAAGUUGGAAGCUCUGAGAGACAUGGAUAGCUCUUCCUUUAAAGGAUCAGGCACCCGACGCUCUGGUGACAACUGUCCAUCCCUCAAGGUCAUGCCAGCAGUGUGACAGAGUCCUGUUCUUAUGCCACUGUCCUUCCCAACAUACCUUUUGGUCUCUAAAGAUUGCUGUCCUUUAUUUUGGGGGAGGUUUUUCCCAUUCAAACCCCACCCCUUACCCUUCUCACCCGUUUUAAAGUACUGUGUUUGUAUUUUUAUUAGAAUUACAUGCAUUGUCUGUGGAAUCCAUGUUCUUUGUGUUUAAGGGAGAGGUCUUUUCCACCAGCCUGCACUCAGACCAACUUGGAGAGAAAAAAAAAAAACUUAAAUGCUGUUGCCGAUGUACAAUUUAAAAAAAUGUGAAGUUUGUAGCUUUAAUCUUUUGUAAGAAAAACUAACACUGGUGUAAGUGCUGACUCGAAAUGCUAUUUUCUAAGGUUUGGAUGUAAAUAAUAGAGGUCAGCUGUCUGUAUAUGUGUGAGACAUAGCUUCUUCCACUGCCGUGUGUUGUUAACUUGAGGUACUUCCUGUGUGCUUUUAUGUUAGAGUUAUCCCCUCGUUUCUCCCCCACCACCUGUCACCCUUGUGGUAAUAAACUGUCCUUUAGACCACA